UUGGGUGAGAACCCUAGCCUCCGUCCCCUCCCUCCCUUCUCCCCCUCGCGCCGCCUCCCCAUCCUCUCCCGUCGCUGCUGCUCCCCCUGGCGCCGCCCCCAGCCUCAUCACCUGGACACGGCGACCAUGAGCGCCAGCGAGAGGAGGAAGGCUGGCGACGCGAGGGGCCCGGCGGCCACCUCUGCACGCGUGCCAUCGCUGUCACCACCAACGCCGGGGGCUACGGCCACGCAUCGCCAUCGCCGGGACAAGCGUCGGCCGCCGAGACGGCCGUCCACGUCGCUGUUGCCGUCGUCCUCGCCCCGACAGAUCGCCUCUCCGGCGCGGACUCCUCCUUCGACCACAACGCCGGCAAGUGGAACGGCAUCUUCUAGGAUGUAUAUCAAGCAGGCUUCGUCCGGGAUAACAUUUGCAGACGAAGAUGAUCCGGAGCCAGAGUGGGCGGAGUACAAGAUCAAAAAACCAACAUGUUCACCAUAG